AUGGCGUCAGACCGCCCCACUCGCUCCCGGAGCGGAGCCCUCUGCCGGCAACUGCUGCUGACCCUCACGAUCUUAACAUUUGCCUGUGAUGCCUGCAAAAAAGUCACGCUACAUGUUCCCUCCAAACUAGAUGCUGGAAAAUUUGUUGGUAGAGUUAACCUGAAGGAGUGCUUUCAAUCUGCAAAUCUAAUUCAUUCAAGUGAUCCUGACUUCCAAAUUUUAGAAGAUGGUUCAGUCUAUACAACAAAUGCUAUUCUUUUGUCCUCAGAGGAGAGGAAGUUUACCAUAUUACUUUCCAACACUGAUAACCAAGAGGAAGAGAAAAUACUUGUCCUUUUACAGCAUCAAACAAAGGUACUGAAGAAGAGGCAUUCUAGAGAGAAAGUUCUAAGACGUGCCAAGAGAAGAUGGGCUCCUAUUCCUUGUUCAAUGCAAGAGAAUUCCUUGGGUCCUUUCCCACUUUUUCUUCAACAGAUUCAAUCUGACACCGCACAAAACUACACUAUAUUCUAUUCCAUCAGAGGACCUGGGGUAGACCGAGAACCUAUAAAUUUAUUUUAUGUAGAGAGAGAUACUGGAAACCUGUUUUGUACUCGUCCUGUGGAUCGGGAGCAGUAUGAAUCUUUUGAGCUGAUUGCCUUUGCCACAACUCCAGAUGGAUAUACUCCAGAACUUCCACUGCCCCUGGUAAUCAGAAUUGAGGAUGAAAAUGAUAACUACCCAAUUUUUACAGAAACAACUUACAUAUUUACAGUUCCUGAAAACUGCAGAGUUGGCUCUACCGUGGGCCAGGUAUGUGCAACUGACAAAGAUGAACCUGACACGAUGCACACGCGUCUCAAGUACUCCAUCAUCGAGCAGUUGCCAGCGUCAGCCACGCUGUUUUCUAUGCAUCCGACGACAGGCGUGAUCACCACGUCAUCAUCUCAGCUAGACAGAGAGCUAAUUGAUAAAUACCAGCUGAAAAUAAAAGUCCAGGAUAUGGAUGGUCAAUAUUUUGGUCUGCAGACAACUUCAACUUGCAUCAUUAAUGUUGAAGAUGUAAAUGACAACUUGCCAACAUUCACCCGUACUUCUUAUGUGACAUCAGUGGAAGAAAAUAGAGUUGAUGUGGAAAUCUUACGUGUUACCGUUGAAGAUAAGGAUUUAAUAAAUACUGCUAAUUGGAGAGCCAAUUAUACCAUUUUAAAGGGCAAUGAAAAUGGGAAUUUUAAAAUUGUAACAGAUCCCAGAACCAAUGAAGGAGUUCUGUAUGUGGUUAAGCCACUGAAUUAUGAAGAAAGACAACAGGUGAACCUACAAAUUGGUGUAGUUAAUGAAGCUCCGUAUUCUAAAGAGGCUAGUUCACGAUCAGUCAUGAGCACAGCAACAGUUACUGUUAAUGUAAAAAAUCAGGAUGAGGGCCCCGAGUGUAGCCCUGCAGUGCAAACCGUUCAAAUUAGAGAAAAUGCGCCACCGGGAACAAAGAGCGACGGAUAUAAAGCAUAUGACCCCGAGACGAAAAGUAGCAGUGGCAUAAGGUAUAAGAAAUUAACUGAUCCAAAAGGGUGGGUGACAGUAGAUGAAAACUCAGGAUCAAUCACAACUUUCAGAAGCCUGGAUAGAGAGACAGAGACCAUCAGAGGUGGUGCAUAUAAUAUUACAAUCCUUGCAUCAGGCAAAGAUGGGAGAACGUGUACUGGGACACUGGGAAUUAUACUUGAAGAUGUGAACGAUAAUGGCCCAGUUAUCCCAAAACAGACGGUGGUCAUCUGCAAAACCGUCAUGUCAUCUGCGGACAUCUCUGCAGUGGAUCCUGACGAUCCUAUAAAUGGCCCACCCUUUGACUUCAGUUUGGAGAGUGUUCCUGAUGCAGGCAUAGAAAGAAUGUGGAAAUUGACAAAAAUUAAUGAUACAGCGGCUCGUCUUUUCUAUAAGAACGACCUUCCAUUUGGACCAUAUCAAGUACCUGUCAGAGUUAGAGACAGACAUGGCCUGUCAGUCGUCACUCCAUUGAAAGUUAUAGUAUGUGACUGUGUUACUGAAAAUGAUUGCGCACUUCGCACAGACCCAAGGACUGGCAACGGAGAAGUGAGGCUUGGAAAAUGGGCCAUCCUUGCAAUACUGCUGGGCAUAGCAUUGCUCUUUUGUAUCCUAUUUACCUUAGUCUGUGGGGCUACCGGGACAGCUAAACAGCCCAAAGCGUUUCCCGAUGAUUUAGCCCAGCAGAACCUCAUCGUGUCAAACACUGAAGCUCCUGGAGAUGACAAAAUGUGUUCCACGAAUGGCUUCACAACCCAUACCGUGGGCAGUUCGGCUCAGGGAAUUUGUGGCACCUUGGGAUCAGGAGUGAAAAAUGGAGGCCAGGAGACCAUUGAAAUGGUGAAAGGCGGACACCAGACCCUGGAAUCGUGCCGGGGGACGGGGCAUCAUCACACCCUGGAUUCCUGCAGGGGAGGACACGUGGAGACGGACACCUGCAGAUACACUUACUCCGAGUGGCAUAAUUUCACCCAGCCCCGCCUUGGUGAAAAGGUGCAACUGUGUGAUCAGGAUGACAACCAUAAGCAUGCUCAAGACUACGUCCUUACGUAUAACUAUGAAGGAAAAGGAUCAGUGGCUGGUUCUAUAGGUUGUUGCAGUGAACGACAAGAAGAAGAUGGGCUUGAAUUUUUGGAUCAUUUGGAACCCAAAUUUAGGACACUAGCAGAAGCGUGCAUAAGGAGAUGA